GCUGAGGCUCCAGUGCGGCCGCUGAUUGGCUGCUGAAGGCUUGGUCCCAUCCCAGUGACCCCAAAGUGCUGGAGGGAGGGGGCGGGGGUGGCCCAGUGCAAAGUGCAUCCCGAAAGCCCCCUGCCUGGAGCCCCCGCGGCUGGCACUUGGGACCCUGUAUGACCCGGGACCUCGCUGCCCCGAGACCUCCUGUGCCCCCCAGUGGCUGGGAGCCUCCGGCCCGGAGCGCGGCAGCCCCCUGCUCUGAGCCUUCAGACCGGGACUGCCCCCCCACCCGAGCCGGGACUUCCUCCCUGCACCCCUGCCCCGAGGCUGCCCGGCGGCCAGCACCGCCGCCUCAGGUCGGCUCGGCUGUGUGGAUGCUGGCCGGACUGGGGCCGUGAGGCACCGAGGAGGACCAGGAACAGCCGCGUCCGGCCCUGCCUGGGCUGUUUCUUCAAUGGAGAAGUUGGUGAGUGUGGAGGAGGCUGAAAGGAGGAAGAGAAGCAGCAGCUGAGGAGACAGGUUUGAGCUGGCUUGAGGAGGCGAGAGGGCAGGAAGGGUCUACCACCAGAGAAGCAGCAGAGAGCCUCUGACCAGCAUCCUCCAUAAAGGUUUGGAAAGAGCUCGUUGCCACCAGAAUCUGGACACACUCUGAAUCCCCUGCUCACGAUGCUGUAUGUGCACAAUGGUUAUUAGGCAAUCUAUGUAUCAGGAGAAGGGGCAUUCUUCUGUAAGGCUGAUCCCUGUAACCUAAUGAAUCCUUUGUAAAAAGUGGACUCAGCUAGGAUGUUACACCACCAUUGUCGAAGGAACCCUGAACUGCAGGAAGAGUUGCAGAUCCAGGCUGCAGUGGCUGCCGGGGAUGUCCACACAGUGCGAAAGAUGUUAGAACAAGGCUAUUCCCCCAAUGGCCGGGAUGCUAAUGGCUGGACCCUGCUUCAUUUCUCUGCAGCAAGAGGAAAGGAAAGAUGUGUUCGAGUAUUUCUAGAACAUGGAGCUGAUCCCACAGUGAAGGACUUAAUCGGAGGCUUCACUGCUCUUCACUACGCAGCCAUGCAUGGCCGGGCCCGGAUUGCACGCCUCAUGUUGGAAUCCGAAUACAGGAGCGACAUCAUUAAUGCCAAAAGCAAUGAUGGCUGGACCCCCCUGCAUGUGGCAGCCCACUAUGGUAGGGACUCAUUCGUCCGACUCCUCCUGGAGUUCAAGGCUGAGGUCGACCCACUCAGUGAUAAAGGCACAACACCGCUUCAGCUCGCCAUUAUCCGGGAGAGGUCGAGCUGUGUGAAGAUCCUCCUAGACCACAAUGCCAAUAUCGACAUUCAGAACGGUUUCCUGUUGCGAUACGCUGUGAUCAAAAGCAAUCACUCUUAUUGCCGAAUGUUCCUUCAAAGAGGAGCAGACACAAACUUGGGUCGCUUAGAAGAUGGACAGACGCCAUUACAUCUGUCUGCCCUUAGGGAUGACGUGCUUUGUGCGCGGAUGUUAUAUAAUUAUGGAGCGGACACGAACACAAGGAACUAUGAAGGACAGACCCCACUGGCUGUUUCAAUAAGCAUUUCUGGAAGUAGUCGACCGUGUUUGGAUUUCUUACAGGAAGUCACAAGACAGCCCAGAAAUUUGCAGGACCUGUGCAGAAUUAAAAUUCGACAGUGUAUAGGCCUUCAAAACCUCAAGCUACUUGAUGAACUACCAAUUGCCAAGGUCAUGAAAGACUACUUAAAACACAAAUUUGAUGAUAUCUGAUAUACACAGAACUGUGAGCAAGAUUAGGAGUUAUAUUCCAGAUACUUUAAAAGGCUUUUUGCCUUGCACAAAGUAUAUCCUAUGCAAUUUCUGAUUUGCUGUGAAGUCAGAAAGCAGGUAUACACUUUUAGGUUUUUUUUUUGUUUGGUUGGUUUUCAUUGUAGGGGAGGGAUUUUUAUACACACACACACACACACACACACACACACACACACACACACUCACCCCACAUGCUUGAAGGUCUUAAUUUGGUUUCUUGGUCCAAGUUUAAGAGGUCCAAGCUUUCUAUACAAUAUUGCAUUUAAAAAAAAUUGUUUUUUUCAAAAUGACACAAACGGGUUUGGGUUGGAGAAUUUACCCUUUCCAGAUUUAUGGUUUCAUCGGUGGGCACGAUAUUUUAAACCAGCAGAGCACUUGUUAAAGUUUGGAGGCACAGUUUCACCCAGGGGGUCCUGGGUUCUACUGAAAAAUGCCCUAAGAAAUUUUUUAAGUAAUGCUGUCACCUCAUUCAUUUUUAAUGAGUACAAAUUGGCUGUUUCAAAUUGUUCUUUUCCUAAUUAAUGUAGCUUUCGGAUGGCAUAAAUCCAGUACCUCUGCUUUCCUGUUGGUGUGCUCUUGUUUUUAACUUAUUUUUUUAACAACUGUAGUACACUACCCAGAGACCUUGGGUCUCAUUUUCUGUCUCUAGUUGAAUUGUGCUUUUAAAAAAUUAAUGGGAAAGAAAAUAACUUUAUAAAGCCAGUGUAUUCUGUUUUUAAAACAGUGCCUCUAGUGCAAUACUCUUUCUGGUGUAUUUUAUCCAUUAUUUCACUUAUUGUUCCUCAUUCCACAACCGGCUUUGAUGCCUGUGAGAACAGGAACCGCCACUUUAAUUUUAAUUGCAGAACCAUAGUAUGUCCAUUGCAAUUUCUAUUUUAAGCUUUGUCUUUUACUUUACUUUAUAGCAGAAAAUUUCAGAUCCUGGUGGUAGAGUAUUUCCUAAAAAUAGCCCCAAAUAUUGUUAAAUCAUUUGGCUUUAAUGGUUAAAUAAUUGGGGGUGGUUUCGUGGUGUUUUUUCCUUUCCAGUUAAAAUAAAAUUUCUAAAGGGUAAAAUUUCUAGUGGGUGCACAUUUGUAAGUCUGGUUAAUUCCUGAUAUGCUAAUUAAGCAUUUCCUAUCUAUUUUAAGAUUAAACAUGGUGAAGCUCUUCAAAACAGUUACGUUCUGGGUUGAUUGGCAGGUGUUUGCAGUGUAACCAGAGAUAUGAUAAAGUGUCGGUAACAGUGGUUCCAGAGGCAGUAGGGGGUCUAUGGUGUUGUCCUUGGAAAUGAGUUCUGUGCUUGAUUUGUCAUCAUAUUAGUUUCAGAAGAAACUUGAAAAAUACCCCAGUAUUAUUCUUAGUGCUUUGGGAAAUUUCAGAAUAUUUACACACUAGUAAUAAAUUUGUUAUCAGAAGUUUACAAGAUGAAGGGCUUCUCUUAUGUGAAUUUCUAGUUUUAAGUCACUAACUAUAAACUUGAUAUUUCACUUGAAAAGUACAACUAAGCAGAAUUUGGAGUCUACUCUGGCUUACCCUUUUUCAGAGCCAGCAGCGAUACUUUCUCAAGCACAAAGUUUGUUCCCUGGGAGUGCAGAGUAGCUGUGGCAUCAGUGUCUGGUUUGCUGGGCCUGAGCUGGGUGCCAGUUUCUGCAAAACAGACAGCUUCAGAAAGAGGAUGGCAUGGGGGAGGGGGUCAUGGAUGGGAUAUGCAGACCCUUGCAGAGAGCUGCUGAGAGUGUGGCUGCUGUUGUGACCACCCCAAACUGGAACCUGAAUGUGAUGGGUGGUCGUCUCUUUCCCCAUUAAAAAGAUCUACAAAAUGUUAUCUUCUGAGAGAGAGGCCGCUGUGAAGCUAGGAACUGAGCUGUGUUCUCAUUCUGUAAACCAAUACCCAGGUCUGAGCUAAUACACCUUCUCGGCACCAGGGACAUGCCAUAGCAAGAAACGAAUUGAAUGUUACUUUUCCCUGCAACUCUAGGCCCAGGAAGACGUGGAGAUGGGAGGCACGUGGGGUCCUGCAUUCUGAGCAGUGAUGUUAUGAUAUCUUUGCACAGGGCUUAUUUCCUCAUGUAUCUAUUAAUUUAGUCAGUUAGUUUAAAAUGAUUUUCUUUCCCCAGCCGUUCAGAGGUUUCCAAACCAAGCCAUUGAGUUUGUCAGGGAAUUCCAAAUAAAAGAUCAGAAGAAGGUAAAUUCUUUGUUUUGUAUUGCUGCUGUGACUUCAGAAAAAAAAUUAUGAGAAUUCUUCUUGGAAUCAAAAUUUCUAUUUAAUGAAGAAUUGUAUAAUUUCAUUAUUUAUUGUUUGAGGUUUGAUCUGGAAGUUUAAAAAGGAUGUUUUAUUUUUGCUGUUAAUAAAAUCCCAAUCGCAUAUCAUAUUUAACAAUAAUUAAAAUGUCUCAAAGUUGGUAAAUGGUGGAACACAGGGCGAAUGUACAGGUCUGCAUUUGAGUUUGACAGAGAAGCAUUCUGUGGUCACAAAAUGAGAACAAGUAUGUUCAGAAAAAUCAGUGGAUUGGUUUUUCCAGAACCUUGACUGAAAUGUUCAGAAUAGUAUCAAAUUUGUCACUGAUCCUUCUAUGUUUCUUUUGAAAUUUAUUUAAGCCUACUACUAAACCUUUAUGAAAAUGUAUUUGGCAAGUACACCAAAGAAACCAGCUCAUAAAAGAUUAUGGUCAUUAACGAACUGCAAACCUCAUCUUUUGAAAACAGAAGAUUUGUGUGUGUGUGUAUGUGCGUGUGUGUAAAUAUUUGUGUUUAUAAAUGUACAGCAGAGUAAGAGUUUUUUUAGAUUAUUUAAUUCCCAUAUUUCUAAACUAUUUACUACAGAAUAAUCUGUGCUUGUUAGUUUGGAGGAUUUGACUAUUUUGUUUUUUUUUUUUAAUUCAUUAUCAGUCAUGCUUGGAACAGCAUUUCCGCUGGAGAAUUCAUUGUUCUGGCAGUAGCCAGAGUACACAUCUGGAGCGUGAGGGAGUCUAGCUUGCUUUGUCAGAUGCACACCCUGAGAGACAAGAAUGUGUAGUUUAAUCACCAGAGUGGACCAUACAAAAACUGAGAUUCUAACUCUCCUGCAGAAUUGUUCAUCAGCCCAGAAUGUGGUUGGGAUGAGGCCCUGUGCACACAAAUUUAGCUUUCCUGUAACUCCUAGUGCAUUAUAUCGUAAUGUAUUUUGUUCUUCCUUUGUAAUGUAAGUUUUGCUUUGGGUCAGUUUGAAUUAAAAAAAAAAAAAAACACAAAACCUUAAAUCUGA